UGGAAUCACGCCGAGGAAGGUUCGAGAAUCGCGACGGAGCAUCGGAGAAAGCGAAUCCCUCCCGUUCUGCGAGAUUUUACCGGCGGAUUUCUCCGAUCAACUCGGCGAGCACUUGUUAUACGGAGGCGAUUAACUAAUCAGAGGUAGAAGAGACUCGAUUGCGAAACAAUGAUGUGAUUAGGGCUAACAGGUCUCCACGAAAACGAAUAGCGAAGAAUCCACCGGAAAAUGGAUACUCCGUCGUCGGAAGGAUCGGCUCCGAGGAGGACGUUACGGAGAAAAGCAGUCAGGAAGAACUACGACGAGAACGCGAUGGACGAACCGAUCGAAACCUCGAAGAAGAAGUUCAAAACGAAGCAGCAGCUGGAGAAAGAAACCGAGACGGAGGCUCUUAUAGCCUUAUCCGUCGGCUUCCCGAUCGACGAGCUCCUCGAGGACGAGAUACGCGCCGGCGUGGUGAGGGAGCUAGGAGGGAAAGAGCAGAACGAUUACAUCGUCGUUAGAAACCAUAUAGUCGCGAGGUGGAGGAGUAACGUUAGGGUUUGGCUGCUUAAAGAUCGGAUUAGAGAGUCUGUUAGUAGUGAAUGCGAGCAUUUGAUCUCAGCUGCUUAUGAGUUUCUGUUGUUUAAUGGUUACAUUAACUUUGGGGUGUCGCCUUUGUUUAAUGGAUACAUUCCUGAAGAUGGGAGUGAAGGUUCGGUGAUUGUUGUUGGUGCUGGACUUGCUGGUUUGGCGGCUGCGAGGCAGCUUUUGUCUUUUGGGUUUAAAGUUGUGGUCUUGGAAGGUAGGAGUCGUCCCGGGGGGAGAGUUUAUACUCAGAAGAUGGGAGGGAAAGAUAGGUUUGCAGCUGUUGAGCUUGGUGGGAGUGUGAUCACUGGUCUACACGCGAACCCGCUUGGAGUUCUUGCUAGGCAGCUUUCUAUUCCUCUUCAUAAGGUGAGAGACCAUUGUCCUUUGUAUAACUCGGAGGGAGAGGUUGUUGAUAAGGCUGUUGACUCCAAGGUUGAGUUUGGGUUUAAUAAGCUGCUGGAUAAGGUUGCUGAAGUGAGGGAGAUGAUGGGUGGGGCUGCUAAUAAGGUUUCGUUGGGUGAAGUCUUGGAGACUCUCAGGGUGUUGUACGGUGUAGCUAAGGAUUCGGAGGAGAGGAAGCUUUUUGAUUGGCACCUUGCUAACUUGGAAUAUGCUAACGCUGGGUGUCUUUCGAAUCUUUCAGCUGCGUAUUGGGAUCAGGAUGAUCCGUACGAGAUGGGUGGGGAUCAUUGUUUCCUUGCUGGUGGAAACUGGAGACUUAUAAACGCCUUAGCUGAAGGGUUGCCUAUUCUCUAUGGGAAAAGAGUUGAUGCUAUCAAGUACGGAGACAGAGGAGUUGAAGUCGUUUCCGGCAGCCAGAGGUUUCAAGGAGACAUGAUUCUUUGCACUGUUCCGCUAGGGGUCUUGAAGAAAAGAUGUAUUAAGUUCGAGCCGGAGUUGCCUAGAAGGAAACAAGCUGCCAUUGACAGGUUGGGUUUUGGUCUUCUGAACAAAGUCGCCAUGCUGUUCCCGUCUGUGUUCUGGGGUGACGAUUUGGACACGUUUGGAUGCCUCAACGAUAGUAGUAUCGACCGAGGAGAGUUCUUUCUCUUCUAUGCAUACCAUACAGUCUCUGGUGGCCCUGCUUUAGUUGCCUUAGUUGCUGGAGAAGCUGCUCAGAGAUUCGAGUGUACAGAACCGUCUACUUUACUUCACCGUGUUAUGAAAAAACUCAGAAGCAUAUAUGGUCCUAAAGGUGUUGUUGUACCUGACCCGAUACAGACGAUUUGCACUAGAUGGGGAAGUGAUCCUUUCUCAUAUGGCUCAUAUUCACAUGUAAGGGUUGGUUCAUCAGGCGUGGACUACGACAUUCUAGCAGAAAGUGUAAAUAACCGACUAUUCUUCGCUGGUGAGGCUACGACAAGGCAACAUCCAGCAACAAUGCACGGUGCCUACCUAAGCGGUUUAAGAGAAGCGUCUCGGAUUCAACGCGUUGUGAAUGUUUCUCGCGGUUACCCGAGGAAGCCUGUCCAGAGAUACAGUGGAGUUAGUAGCGAUGUUCUUGAAGAUCUGUUCAAAAGACCCGACAUUGCAUCUGGACAGUUGUCAUUUGUCUUUAACCCAUCAACCGACGAUCCGAAAUCACUUGGAUUAGUCAGAGUUUGUUUUGACAGCUUUGAAGACGAUCCAACUAAUCGUCUUCAGCUUUACAGUAUCCUUUCAUGGGAGCAAGCUCAGAAGCUUCAAGAAGUGGGAGAGAGCAGCAAUGAAAGCAAAUUGACAUAUAUGGUUAAUAAUCUCGGAUCAAAGCUGAUGGGUGGCAACGCAGUACUAGACACAUGUGGUGCAUUGAUCAGUGUGAUAGCUAACGCACGCAAAGGCAGAAGCAGGACUCGUGUCGUUGCGAGGCAAUAACACAUUCUUCGGUUUCUUCACUAACCCCACCAUCACAUGGUUAUGCCUUGCCUUAAUUAGUUUGUCAUUGUUGGAGACUUUUUUUUUUUAAACUGCACAAUGUAUACAAAUGAUGAAAUAGUGGAUCAAUGUUUCUUGGCAAAA